CAUACCACAGAUUACCGUGGAAAUUUAAUUGCUUCAGACUGAGGUCAUAGGCAGGGCCGGCCGGCCAAGCCUUGAGUGAGUGAGGAAUGCUGUAGAACAUGCCAGUCUAUCGCCGGCCGCCGCGUGUCCCAUUUCCUUGGCUAAUAUGAUGAGAACUCUCGCUGUUUCAACCUCAUCAGUGCUCAGGGCAGGCCAUCGAUGUUUUUGCUGAAGUUGUAAUUUUGAACUACUCAGCUUGAUUAACGUUAUUUUUAACACCGAGUUUGUAACCAAUUGGCAAGCUGUAGGUCUGCAGUGCAAGUAAAUUGUAGCUGAUCCCACCAUCAGUCCAUCCAAGCAGCUGGUUGGUGUAAGCAGCUGGUUGGUGUAAGCUUAGUCUCCGACUCCAGCCGCACAUACCAAAUUCUGGCGACAUGCCGGCAGCCCAGAAGUUCAUCCCCAGCGAGGGCAUGAGCGGAGUGGUCAACCUGAAGCGGUCCAGCAAGGGACGCAAAGGGGAGGGGAAGUGGAAAAAGAAGUACGCUGUGCUGAAGCAGGACACGCUGCACCUGUAUGAGGGGCAUGACGAGAAUGGAAGAGGAGAAGACGAAAGCUACACGAUCUAUCUCAGCAAGUACAAAGAGUGUACCCACAUUGUAGACAAGAGGGGACGAAAGAAGCCCAGCCUUACCAUCAUACCGAUUGACCCUACAUAUGAACAGUGGAUGCUGUCAUGUGAAGACACCAGCCAACAGGAGACAUGGAUCAGUCACAUCAAUAGUGCAAUCUCAGGCAACCUCAUCACCAUCAACUUCAAUUUGGACGAAGUGAUGGUGCAGUCCCCAGCCUUACAACAUCUCAAUAAAACCAGACCCAAGUGCAAAGGUCGCCGAGCUCCCAGCAAACGACCCAGAACCUCUAUGUCGGAAGGUAAUGGAGACUUAUUUCCAACGAAUGAUAUCGAGACUGGAAUUACCACCGUUGAUGCAGUCAACCCUGCCAAGAAACGACGCUCUGACAUGAUGCCCACAACCACCACUUCACCGGUCAAAACUCCUGAGGAGUCCAAAACAAGUGCCGCCCGAGCCUUCUUCCGUGGACUCGGCCAAAAGGUUACCACUGCCUUGACCCGCCAAAAGUCCACAGGUGCCAAGACGCCGCAGUCCCCUGAGCCCCCUGAGGGAGUGUCAGCCCAGACCUCUAUGGAGGUGGCCCCUGAGGACCGGAUGUCCCUGAGCGCCCUGAUGCGAACCUUACAGCGCAUUGAGGAGACAUCGGGUACCAUCGUCAACAAAGCUGCCGCCCUGCGCAUCCUGUUCCAAGGGGCUGCCGAGGACUCAGCCAGCCUUGGCCGCCCAGCGCUUGAAGUGGAAAAGGGCCUGCAAGGCAUCGAGGGUGCCCUGGAGCACCUGAACCUGGCCGAGGAAUUCCAAACCAAGAUCAAGGAGGACGAGGCCAGGGAGAAGCUGACCAAAGAGGAGGUGGCACGGAAGAAACAGGAGGAGGAAGAAGCCCAGAGGGAGCAAGAAGAAGAGGAGAGGAGAAAGAGGGAGGCAGAGGAAGCUGAGCAGAGGAGGCGAGAUGAAGAGGAGCAAGAGCUCCAAGAUGAGGAGGACAGGAAGAGGGAAGAGGAGCGACUGAGGCGAGAGGCCGAGGAAAAGAGGGCUCAAGAGGAGGCCCUGAGACUCGCCGAGGAAGCAGGGGAGGAGGAAGAGAAGAUGUGGGAGUCAGGAGAUGAGAAGGCCCAGCCUGAAGAUGAAGAGGGGCCAGCAGCUCCGGAGGACGGCACUCAAGAAGCACCGCAGAGCAGCCACACCCAAGAUGAUGCAGGACCCACCAUCGCUACUGACAAUACCGCCAUGAAGGGCAUUGACGCCCAACCAAACGCAACCGAAGAAAGCCUGCAAGAGACCCCAACCAUCGAUAAGGAUGGCAAAGAAGACGAGGAAGAAGCUAAAAUGGACACUUCAAACGACGCAACAGAGGAGGCAGGGGAAGAAACGGAAGAGGGGACAGACAAACAGGAACCAGCUGCUGAAGAUGAAGAGGGAGAGCUGAGCAUCCAUCUGUAAUAGCAGAGGCAGUCAGUGAAUUUGGAUUGUACAGUGAUUGAAAACUAAACAUAGAUGGCUGUCAAAAGCCCUCUUCCAACGACGGCAGUCACAAGUGCUUCCAUUGGAGGUUCCUGGAAAAUAUUUGGAGACAGGUACACCAAUAAAUGUGACGUCUUCCCAGAAUCACAAGUUUAUUUCCAGCUUCAAAGAAUUGAGAGAAUAAGGUUUCCAGAUUUUUGGAAACCCACUUUCUGUAUGCUGAAGGCGCCCUUCCAUAUGCGUGUUAACACUUGCAUCAAGCGUUGCGUAUCCGUCAAUCACUCCCGGGUCAAUUUGACGGCUUAACGCAAAGCACACGUGUGUUAUGCUCAUGGAGUUGAUUUUUGUGCCCGUAAAAGUGAAACGCAUUGUGUACGCCACGCAUCCAAAAAACGUACAUUUGGAAAGGGGCCUUUAUUCAUUAAGUUUUAUCGGUUGUUUUCUGUGUGGAAUGUUCGUUCAACUGGCGAGAUGGGAAGGACAAAGGAAAGUCACAUGGUCAUCAUGUGUACAGUGAGGAUAUGCAUGCACUUCUGUAAUUAUGUCUACUGUGUCUUGCAUGUUAAACAAAAAUGUGCCAACUGCAGUAGAGGCUGCAAAGUUUAACAUAUAAAGUAUAGCCUUAUUGGUCAUUUUGAUUCAAAGUAUUUUUCACGUACUUGUAUGCAGUUUCUUGGAAUUUUUUUGGACAUGGUCUGGGAGAUUUUUCUGCUUGAAGUAGAUAUUGCUUGUGAUAAUUUUUUUCACUUUUUUGUACUUACUAGAAAUAAUACCAUCCUCUGUUGUUACAUUAUCAGUUAUUGUACUUAAAUGUUUAAUUUAAAUAUGUGUAUUUCAGUCAUGAUCAUGUAUUUUGCAAUGGAAUACUGUUCAUGAAAACUAGCCAAAUAAUUUUUUGUUUCAAAGAAAUAUCUGAAAUACUGUAAUGUCCCAACAUCUUUUUUUAAAAUAAUUGGCCUAUUCUUUCAGUGAUUUUCUACAUAGAAUGAAUGUACUUGCAUUCAGUGUUGGUCUUUUUUCCUUUCUUCUCUGUAACAUUUUUUUGAAAGCAUGCCACACUUUUGUCUGUAAAUGAGAAAAGCCUUCCCAACCUAGCCGCAGUCUCUUCCUUUUAUUUUCUAUUAUUUUAUAUCAACUCUUGUGUACCAUUUUUGUAUAUCACAAGAAUGCCCAACAUGUAUUUUUCAUUCUGUGGAAGUAUUUUCAUAGUUUGGAUGCCAAAUGUGUUUUUACAAUAGCAUAUAUUUUAUAAUGUCACACAGAAAUAGUAGCCGCACUUGAUGGUAUUUUGAAUGAUAACCAAAGCUUAAAAUGAACACUAUCAUAGAGUAAUCUCAUUAGAGGAACUGGGCACAGACUGAUUGCAUAAAACAGCGAGCUGUCUUGUAUUUUGAUUAAGAGCCAAGUCUAGGUCUGUCUGGGUUGCAUUUACAUGUACGUAUGCUGACAACAGAUGUAGCCAUAGCCAUACAUGUAGAAGAUACAGCAACAACCGCCAUAGCGAUUGCAACUCUUUAAUAAUGUACUGAAGCCAAUAAUACUUAAUUGUGAAUAAAAUUAAGACACAACAUUUGUCAUCUUGUGUGAUAGAACUAUGCGCAUUUACAUGUAUGGCAGAUGUAGACACUUGUAAUGAAUUUAUUUUUUACCCUCAAAUACCACUGUAUUUUUAGGAGGAAAAGGCUGCUCAACAUCUCUGUGGUUUUGUAAACAACGUUGAGUAAUAAAAAGUGACAUUGUUCACAAUGUGCUUUGAUGGUAUGCAUA